UUUCUCCCUCUCUCCAUCACAAAAAUUAUUAAUCUGGUCAAUAAUAAUCCCAAAAUUAGAAAGAAAAUCGAAGCUAAACAACAGGAGAACCUCACACCACCAAACAAACACCUUCAAUAAUUCUCUAUAAGAAUCUCUAUUCCAACUAACAACAAAAACACUCUCAUUCCGUUCUUCUCUUGCCCUCUCUCACUAUUCCCAGGUCGGAUCGCUUUCCUUCUCGCGAAGGAAGCCAAAGAGGGGAAUAGGUGAGGAGAUUGAUCUAACAAAGUGGUGAAGGAUGGCGAGGCAGAAUCAGAUCGUGCUGCGGCACUCGUCGUCGUCGGUGACGCGGCGGCAGCCGCUGCUGGAGGUGAACGACUACGCGCCGCAGGGAGGGCUGGCGAUGAGGCUGGCGGAGGUCGUCGGAGGCACCACGGCGGAGGUUGCGGCGGUGUGCUGCUUGUGCCCCUGCGGCCUCGUGGACCUCAUGGUGCUGGCCAUGUGCAAGGUGCCGGCGGGGCUCUGCCGGAAGGCUCUGAGGCGGAAGCGCCGCCGCAGGCUCAUGAAGAUGGGGCUGCUGCCGUCGUCCAAGUGCACCUGCGACGAGAAGGACUUCCAGAUUCACCCCGUCGCCGCCCCCGAGAGCGUCGAGUCUAUGCCGGAGAGCAUGGAGGUGAUCGAGUUCGAUAAGGAGAUGUUCGAUCACUUCUACAGCGGCGGCUUCUGGCGGAGCUCCUCCGCGAAGAUGUGAUUGCGGAAUGGUGGUCGUCUAUUUAUUUACUUUCUGCGUUUUGUGUAAUGGGUCGUGUCGUUUUGUCGUAAUCGUAAUAUAGGAUAGGUACAUUACAUUAUUUGGAAAUAAGUGAUCCCGACUUAAAUGAGAUAUGUACUGCAUCAUUUGCCUUUGAUGCGGUUUUUUUUCUCCUUAUAUCUCAUUUUGUUAGUGGAUCGAUUUUAUUGCGUAUGUGUGGUAUGGUAAGUGGUUGUUCGCCAUGUCUCUUUUGGUUAGUGUGUACCCCAUUCUCCAACAUUUUUUUUGUUGGGUGAAUUAAUGUAAAAGAUCCAAUGCUUUCUUUCA